AUGCCCACACCGCCACUUCGACGCCCACCUUCCUUCCCAUUGACUAGCCUAUCACUAAACAACGGGGAGCAGUCUCCUGCAGCAAGCAACAUCACCAGUGGCUCAUCCAGACCACUCAUCCGCCCUAUCCUUCUUGAAGGGCAUCGCCUCGUCGACAGUGCCGACUUUGGGUCCGAGGCCUAUGAGGACGAAAAGAACGAUAUCCGACUCUCCUCCAGUGUCAGCGCACGACGAGAUCCUCGUUCUCCUAAGAGCAACAACAACAAGAAGGUCGCGCAUCAGGGAUCGGAUAAUACGACAUUACGAGGUGGAAGAGGAAGAGAUUUGAACCCACCAGAAUCAAGCAGCAAUUCAACCAUCUCGCCAGACUCGACGCUUGGUCCACCAGUCGAUGCCAAUCAACCGCGUCCGAGGCUCUGUCAGGUCGGACCCCACAUCGCGAUUGCAACGAUUCAAUCGUACAAUAUCUUGACAGUCGUUCGUGCUGUUGCUGACCCGACGUGGAUGGUGCUGAAGUCUAGUAACGACAAGAUAGGGAAGGACGAUGGCGACCACCUGGGCCAUAUUGACAAAUUCGUGACUAUUUUCCUUGCAUUGGCGAUUACUUGCGCGUUCUUGAGUUGCAUUGGGUUCUCGCUCCGGAUUAUGGAUCGGUUGACUUGGAUCCGAGCCCAAUACUCCCACGGGUUCCUUUCCUGCAUCCUGACAAUCAUCCUCUCCUGUCUGGUCACCAUCCUCUUGACCAUCGAUUGGGUUCGAGGGUUCCCUAGCCCCGGUCUCACGAUCGCGUUGAAGGAGUUGAUUAUUUCAUCGUUUCUGAUGACGACGGUUAUUAUUAUUGGAGCUGCGACUUAUACCAAACUCGAAGGGUGGUCCUUUGACAAUGCCGUUAAUUUCUGUAUCGUCUCCUUUUCUACCAUCGGAUACGGGAAUGUGAGUCCACAGACGAUAGCAGGACGCGUGAUAUUCUUCUUCUACGCCAUCAUCGGGAUCAGCGCCGUCGGAUACUUUAUCGUCUCUCUCCGCAACGCCGUUCUCGAACAGUUCCAAUGGCGACUCCUCGAACGGUUCUCGAAACCCGCCCACAUUUCCCGUGUCCAGACUCGAAUGUCGACCAAGGAUAUGUCGUUCCCGCUGGCUCGGUUUGAGGAAGAGCAGCGGGUCAAGAAGAUGGUGAAGCGGAAUAUGAUUAUUCGGAUGUCGAUUAUUUGGAUUAUACUUUGGUUCGGAGGCGCGGGGGUCUUUUGUUUGUUUGAGGAGUGGUCUUACCUCGACUCUCUUUACUUUUGCUUUGUGACAUUGACGACAGUGGGAUUCGGAGACAUGGUACCUGCAGAACCAGGAUCGAUCGAGUUCUGGAACAUCUACGUCUUCCUCGGCCUCACAGUAUUCGCCUACAUCCUCUCCCUCUUCUCUGCCACCAUGGCCUCACAUAUCCAUCUCGUCGAUGAUGGCGAGGGAGACGAGGAGGAUGACGUGAUGUAUGGUUGGGAACAGUGCGAGGAUCCUAAUAACCAGUUCUUGGGGUGGAAUGGGACUUUGGGAUUGGAGGGGCUGAAGUGGGCGCAGAAACGGCAGUCGUUCAAGGUCAAUCAGGGGCAGGAUUUUGCUGAUGGUGCUGGACAAGGGAGUUCCAUACCAGGAGGGGAAGUAAAGAAUGACCGACCCAAGGGAUUGCAACGCGUUCGGUUCUGGAACAGCGGAGGUGGGGGUGGUGGUGGAUUUAGUGGCAGGGGUGCCAGUGUUAGUCCAUUGGAGGGUCAACGGGUUUCUCAUCGCCCAUUAGACGGUAUGGACCAGCAGCCACAACAGCCAUUACCACAACAGCAGCAGCAGCAAGCAGGACCGAAGCCUAUACGACGAAGCUCCUCCGGUCGAAUCCUCUUGGUGCCCGCCAAGGAGCGCAAGCAAAUGUUGGAGGCCGAGUACUAUGCAACCCACGGCGGACCGCCCGCCGACCUUACCAACAAUGCCACUACUGCCGGCUCCGCGAUUGCAGCUGGAACCGGUGCUAUGGCGUCAACACCAUCAGGAAACGCAGAUGGGGUGAUGACAAUGACAACAGCGCCAGCGACGAUCAUGUUUGUCGACAAGUUUGGGAACCCCCACCAACGCGUUAUUGGCCGCCGGAUGAGUUACAUCCCCGAAGGUAUUCAGGCCAGUAAGGUUGCUACGCCCGAGGAUCCGGGUGCUGCUGCUACUGCUACUGCAGUCGCGACGACGACUACAGGAGGAAGUCACCCGGGGGAUCAACAACAGCAGCAAGGGUACAUCUACAGCACGAAGGGGUACUACGACGCGCUGGCGAAACGACGUGGCACUCUUGCUGCAAUUCAACAGAAGCACGACCAUAAACAUCAGCCUGACGGGGGUCAUAUGCACGGACAUGACGGUGGACAAGGGCAAGGAAGACCAUCGACACCUAUACAGGACCAGUAUCAUCAUUAUUCCGAAGACAACACUGUCCAGACAGGCGCCUUGGAACACCAACCAACUGUUCGGUUCGAAUCCCCACGGACCAGGUCCGGAAAUGGUGGCACUACUCCACAGCAACGAGCUACUCCUCAAAGAUCUCCUCAGCAACAGCAGCAGCAGCAACAGCAACAACCGUGGCAGUGGCAACAACAGCACCACUACCAGUACCAGCACCAUCCCCUUUCGACAAACCCUUUCGACGCCAGUUUUUCCCCGAGCGCUAUGUUGGCCCUGCAGCCUAGUAGAGGAGGUGAAGGUCUCAGGAUGCCCUGGCCAACUGUGGGGGACAACGAUUACGAACUGGACUACGAUUAUCACAUUACGGCAGCCACGUCCGAUGCAUUUGCGCGAUACUUGGAUCUGGACCACACUCGCCAAAGUCAUUCCAGUGAUGUGACCAAAGUCGGCAGUCCAUCCGUCGAUAUCCACAUGGUCCAAUAUCCGUUUUUUGUGGACGAUGAUGGCGCGAUCAAGGACGAGAGGACUUCCUUUUCCGCCACUUCUCAACAACCGCAGCAACAGCAACAGAAAUAUGAUGGUGGUGGAGGUGGAGGUGCGAGUGGAGAAGUAGUGGCAAGCAAGACAGGAAUGCAGACCCCGCCUUCUAGUCGAGCAACGAUGAACGCGAGCCAUGGCAACAGAUACUAUUGCGCCGGUGAUGGUAGUGGAGGUGGAUGUGAGAAUUACGUGGGGCCAAUGAACAAGACCAGGAACUCGGAGGAUCUACCUGCCUUUGCGAUGGACGUUGAUUUGAACCGUGAAGGAGCUGUUACAACAAUAGCACAGACCGGUGGAGAAGUCGUUCCCUCCAGCCCUCAGUCACCUCCAUCACAAGCAACAGUAGCGGCAAUGAAACACCAGCCGUCAUCUCGAAUGUCUCCACCACCAUCAUCCUUCAAGGCGAAGAGCUGCAGCAACAAUGUUCCACGAAUAACAACCGCCAUGGUCGUGGAUCCGGACCUGGAAGUGGAAGUGGGGCCGUUUGGAGAAGUGCGGGACCCCAACAGACUCCCCAAAUUCAACGACAAUAUCGAUUUCAACCAUGCAAGGUCCUGUUCCUGUCCAGAAUCCACCCCCUUUUCCACCUCCAGCAAAAAUAGCAACACUGGUGGCACGAAACAGCAGCAUAUGGCCACACCAACACAAGAGGACACCACCGCCAUUAGGCGAUCUUUGUCUCCCCCUGCAGAAUCUGUAACACUUUCCACUUUUUCCCACUCCUCUGCUAUUCGUACCAGCAACAAUACCAAGACCAGGACCAUAACUUCCAGCAAUAGCAGUAACAGUCCAAGCAGCAUAAAUCCCCGAGCGACCACAUCUGCCGCUGCAGCGACACAACCCUCCCCCCCUACUCCUCCUCCUCCUUCUCCUCCUCCUCUCACCUUCUUACUUGCCGACGUCCCACUUGUAGGACCUCUUGGCGAAUCCAGGCAGCACCCAUUGGCAGGAGAACCGGCUUCCUUUUUUUCGCUUUCAGAGGCUCGUCUUGGAGCAGGGCAAGGACCAAUACAAGGGACUAAUGGUGUGGAUUCGAAUCGUCCCAUCCAACACCAACGCCAAACGACGACCAAGACCCCUAAUCCAUUCCAAACGUACACAAACGACCAAAGCAAAGGUGGAAGCGGCGGAAAGAACAACAAUAAUAAUAGCAACAACAGCCCCUUCGUGUCGUUCUCCCGUAAGACGAGUACAGCGGCAACAAGUCGACCUCUCUCUCCUCCUCCUCCUCCUCUUCCUUCUCUUCCACUGGACAGGAAAAUUUCCCGCCCUCCUCAGCAGCAACAGCAACAGCCCCCUACAGUUAGUACCAAUCCCUUCAUUCAACCACCUCAACCACAAUGGUCCAAGACCUCACCAGUAGAACCAGUAGGACCCUUAUCUCCUCCUCCUCCCGCAAGUUCCUACUAUUCACCAUCUUCCUCCUCGUCGUCGUCGUCGUCCUCAGGCGCCCCAGGUCAAGGCCAAGCAGUGGUGACGAUAGAUGAUGACGACAGGAAGGGCCCGUUUGACGAGCCUAUAUCUCGGAACUCGAUAUUCCCCUGGUUUGAGAACGACGUGGACCUGAACAAGAUUGGGCCCGACCCUGAGCAGGUCGAAGAGGCUAGGAGAAGUGUUGCCGAGAUUGAACGUCGGACUAGUGAGAAGGAGGCCAAGAUCAGUUUGGAGCAGAAACGUACUUCUUCUUCAGCGUCGGCGUCGUCCAACAAGAUCCCUACAACGACAAUGACAACAGGAGGACAAGGAGGAGGAGGAGGAGAAAGAGAAGGGGAAGGAGGAGGAGGAAGAACGUCUCGGUUAUGA